GGAGGAGCAGUCGUUGCAGUAACAACAUCCUGGACAUAAGGGACUAGCGGCGCACAUAAUGAAAUAAGGGAGGUGGAAACUAGCUGAAGAUCCCUUCGCGGACAGACCUGAAAUGAUGGACAUAGUUCUAUUAUUCAGAAACUGAUUUGUGAAAGAGUCAUAUUGAAUUCUUAACGUGAGCCGCCGAAUUACCCACAAGCACAUGUGAGAUGAUGCGCAGAGAAACGGUCUGCUACAAAACAGCAAGCUAACGUGAGAUGCCUUUACUGGAAAAGGCGCAGUAUCUAGCAAUGCAGGCCGGUGAAUCGGUAUUAGUGAGGAAACCUAGUAGUAGCAUUUAUGCACGGGCAUAUUAACGCAGAUAUAUUUUUUGUCGCGCAGCCGAUUCGACUGUAAAUACACUGGCUAAUCGAAUCGGCGGGUUAUCCAGCCAUUCUUUGGAGACACCACGGUUAUCAGCGACGCAGGCCUGUUGGAAAGAGGCUCUCAAUACAUUGAGAUAUUCAACCCAACUGAUGUUUUAUGCCGCCAGCAUAAUGUAACGGAAACUUUAUUAUUCACUCGGGUAAGAGAAUAUCGUUAUUGAUUAUCGCAACUGAACGUCGUGGGAACACAGUAAGCCUGUUGGCAAUGCGAUCGUCGUUUGGAUUUACAUUUUUCAGUUUGUUGUUUGUUUUUCGAUGUUUUUGAAGGGGAAGCCACUCGUGUCUAACAAUCUAGACAUCUACCCGAUAGCCAGGAAAUCCAGCGAACACACAGUUAACCUCAUAGCGAGUGCAAUCUCGUUGUCUUUUUGUUAAACUUGACGUCUGAAUCUACUAUUAAGGUCCAUGGAUCAGUCGGCAAUGUCGGAAUGAUUUUCACGGAUGAUGAAGAACAUAACAUUAUAACUGAUGGGAAGUCGUGCCUGGAGUCAAGGAGACCGACACGAAUUUGGAAUCUGAGCACACAUUAGCCGGAAUGAGAUAAUAGCGCUGCGUAUGCAAGAUAACCUUGACACUUGUCCCCUCAGUUUCCAAUUAGAAUACAAAACAUGACCACACCGGCUCUCUUGCCUCUCUCGGGCCGCAGGAUACCGACUCUCUCGCCGGGUGCGUCCUCGUUUCCCCACCACAGGGCCACCCUGCGGCUCUCCGAGAAGUUUAUCCUCCUCCUCAUCCUCAGUGCCUUCAUCACGUUAUGCUUUGGAGCGUUCUUCUUUCUCCCGGAUAAUUCCAAACAGAAGCGCUUCGACUUGGGCUUGGAGGACGUGCUGAUCCCGCACAUCGAACCCGGGAAGGAAGGCAAGCACAGCCAGGUCAUCAUACAUGGUCCCGGAGGACACGACGAGCACCGACACAAGCAGGAGGAAGAGAGCCUGCGCGACAAGAUCCGUGCGGACCACGAGCGAGCGCUGCAGGAGGCCAAGGAGAAGCUGCGCAAGUCCAAGGAGGAGCUCCACGCCGAGAUCCAGACGGAGAAGAGCAAGCUGGCCGAGACCAAGCGCCGGGAUGGGGGGCCCAAGCCGCUGCCGCCAGUGCCCCUGCCCAAGCUGCUGGGCAUUAACGACGGAGACCCCGCUGACCCGGACGUCAAGGAGAAGAGGGACAAGAUCCGAGAGAUGAUGAAGCAUGCGUGGGAUAGCUACCGCCAGUACGGCUGGGGCCACAACGAGCUGAAGCCGCUGGCCAAGAAAGGACAUUCCACCAACAUCUUCGGUAAUUCCCAGAUGGGGGCCACCAUAGUGGACGCCCUGGACACCCUGUUCAUCAUGGGCCUCCGCGACGAGUUCAAGGAUGGACAGGAGUGGAUCGAGCAGAACCUCGACUUCGGAGUGAAUGCAGAAGUGUCCGUGUUUGAGGUCAACAUCCGCUUCAUCGGAGGACUGUUGGCUGCAUACUAUCUGUCUGGACAGGAGGUGUUUAAAGUGAAGGCGGUCCAGCUGGCUGAGAAGCUCCUCCCUGCCUUCAACACUCCCACAGGGAUCCCCUGGGCCAUGGUCAACCUCAAGAGUGGCGUGGGCCGUAACUGGGGAUGGGCGUCUGCUGGCAGCAGUAUCCUGGCUGAGUUUGGCACGCUGCACAUGGAGUUUGUUCAUCUCACCUACCUGACUGGAAACCCAGCUUACUACCAAAAGGUGAUGCACAUACGCAAGCUGCUGGCCAAGAUGGACCGACCCAAUGGCCUCUACCCCAACUACCUGAACCCCCGCACGGGCCGCUGGGGCCAACAUCACACAUCUGUGGGUGGACUGGGAGACAGUUUCUAUGAGUACCUGCUAAAGGCCUGGCUCAUGUCCGACAAAACUGACACAGAAGCGCGAAAGACCUACGACGACGCCAUCGAGGCCAUUGAGCGUCAUCUUAUCCGUAAGUCAAGAAGGCCCUCCCACUUUCAUUUCAGGUGGAAGAAUGGGCACCUGGAACGGAAGAUGGGUCACCUGACGUGCUUUGCAGGGGGCAUGUUUGCCCUGGGCGCAGACGGAUCGCCCGAGGACAAGGCCGGACAUUACCUGCAGCUGGGGGCCGAGAUCGCACACACCUGCCACGAGUCCUACGAUCGCACAGUGUUGAAGCUAGGUCCCGAGGCCUUUAAGUUUGACAGCGGUCUGGAGGCCGUGGCCGUGCGGCAGAACGAGAAGUACUACAUCCUGCGUCCCGAGGUCAUCGAGACCUACUGGUACAUGUGGAGGUUCACCCACGACCCCAAGUAUCGCCAGUGGGGCUGGGAAGCCGCACAGGCCAUUGAUAAGUACUGCCGUGUCAGUGGAGGUUUCUCGGGAGUCAAGGAUGUCUACUCCUCCAACCCCACCUAUGACGACGUCCAGCAGAGCUUCUUCCUGGCCGAGACGCUCAAGUACCUGUAUCUGUUGUUCUCCAGUGACGACCUGCUGCCCUUGGAGAGCUGGGUGUUUAACACGGAGGCCCACCCCCUGCCCGUGCUGCACAUGGCCAACAUCACACUCCCCGGCAGCGAGCCACAGCGAUAGAGCCGCCGAGGGGACCGCAACACACACACACGCACGCACACACACACACACACACGCACACACAAGACAGACACACACACACACAGGCUCACGCUCAUCCUCCACACACACUCCUAUA